AUGUCAAGUCGGAAUCUUAAAUUUUUCCGAGUUGGGUUGCCAUUUUUCUCGAUUGUUCUUGGUGGCGCUUACGGUCUACAUUAUUUUCAACAAGUUCGGUUCGAUUUUCGCAAACUGAAACUACAGGACGCCAACCUUGAGCACCUGAAAUCGGAUCUCGAAAAAAGCGGGCUUAAGCUUCGUAAAGACGUGACAGUUGACAACGUUUACAAGGAAGUAGCGGUUCUUGACACGGAAAAUUGGGAGAACAUCAGAGGGCCACGCGAGGACGAGGACAUCAACGAGUACUUGAGGAUCAAAGCUCAACAACAAGAGGCUAAUAGAAUUGCUCGCUUGAAGCGCAAGCAAGAACUUGAUGGCUGA